AUGGAAGACUCUCUUGCUAAUGCUUCUCCGUUGGGAAAGCUUCCGAGAUGUGUAUUUUGUGGAAUGGACGGCUCGGCCAAGUUUGGACAAGGCGAACUUUGCCGAUUUCGUACUUCCAGGAAUCCUGUUCGUCUUCCAGAAUGACUAGACGGAAAACCUGCGCUAAGCGGGCUCCCGAAUGCAUUCGCUGACUCUGAAGGCCGGCCGUUUGGUUUUAUCGACGAGCUCAAUACCAUGGGCUGGCCCAUUUCCCCAAACCCUGACGAACAAUUACAACUCGAGUGCCUUCUUUUAGCCUGUGCACCAAGGGAAGGUGGUGAAGGCAGUUGGUAUUUUGCACACCAUUGCUGUGCUUCGUGGUCUGAUGGUGUAGUUAUGAACGAACAGAAAUUGUUCGAAGGAGUUGAGGAAGCUGCACUUCGUGCAAUGCACACCGUGUGUGCUCUAUGUUUGCGACGGGGGGCCAGUCUUACUUGCCGCGCUGACGGUUGCACUCGAAGUUUCCAUUUUCCCUGCGCGGCUGGCGCUGGUUGCUACCAGGAAGUACGGACUUUGGAGAUUUUCUGUCCUUCGCAUCUUGAUCACGCCAUAGCUUUCGGUAUGUCUCAGUUUUCUUUCGAUCUACUCAUGCUCUCCUACUUGCUGACAAAUGAUCAGAAGACAGUGGAGUUCUGCAGGGCUAAUACUAUACGCAUCACAGUUUCAGGCCAUAGUAAGACUUGGUUUGCUCUUGGCCUCUCCUCUCCCCUGCCUUGCUCUUUCCGAUUGUUCAACGUCCUCCUUCCCUGUACUUCUUUCAGUGAGAGCAAGGACGAAACGAAAAUGCUUGUUUGUGAUGUUUGUGAUAAGGGCUUUCACACGUACUGUCUCAAGCCUCCGGUAACAAAUAUACCCAAAAAUGGCUUCAAAUGCGAUCGCUGUAGGGUUUGUACAGACUGUGGUCUUCGCCGUUUCUCCUCCAAAGGUGCUGGCAACUCUGUCGGUGAAGCAUCAGACCUUCCAAACCAGGGUGCAUCCGCUACGGCCUCCCUGCGGACCAGCCCGAACAUGGGUGGGAGUAGCAGUUGUUGUGGUGAUGUCGGUGACGACGGCAGUGUCAGUCUUGGGGGGGUGCCAAACUCAGUCGGCGUCUCCUUCGGCCAGAGCGAAGGCAGUCCCUGGGGGCACACCAGCUCCAGUAUUCAAGAGGUCUCCGACGCACUCAAUACUGCAAACGCCAUAUUUGAUGACAAUGUUACCGUAGCAAACUCAGUGUCCAGCAACUUGUCGCUCUCAUCAAGCGUCUCUCAGCCGACCGCCACCAAGACCCUAAGUGCAAAGCGCAACACUAACUCCACCACAACCUCUGGGGGAACACGUGCCAGGAGGAACAAAAAUCGAAAGGCCGGGACGGUAAGUUCCCCUCCCAAAAGCAUGGCUGCUGUCUAA